UCUCGCGAGAGAGGACGGAAGCCUGUGGGAGCCCGUGGCCUUUAAAGUGUGGUUCAUUCCUUUCCUCCAGAGGUAGUUUGUAAACACGGUUGUGCUCGGGCUCUCGGCUGACUGAAAGGCGCAUGAGCUAGUGACCUGGAAAGGGAUACUUAAAUGGACACUUGGGAAGCACUGCUUAUUUGAUAAGAGAAGAGUGAUUCUUAGCAACAGAGUGAAUAAAAAGCUCAUGGCCCACCAGCUGGAAAGUAUCGUUGCCCUGAAAAUGAGGAUGUGAUAAGUUGUUCAACUUAUGAAAUUCAAGUUACCUGUGAAUUCUGCCAGGCAAUACAAGGACCUGUGGAAUAUGAGUGAUGACAAACCCUUUCUAUGCACUGCCCCUGGAUGUGGCCAGCGUUUUACCAACGAGGAUCAUUUGGCUGUCCAUAAACAUAAACAUGAGAUGACACUGAAAUUUGGUCCAGCACGUAAUGACAGUGUCAUUGUGGCUGAUCAGACCCCAACACCAACAAGAUUCUUGAAAAAUUGUGAAGAAGUGGGUUUGUUUAAUGAGUUAGCAAGUCCAUUUGAGAAUGAAUUCAAGAAAGCCUCUGAAGACGACAUUAAAAAAAUGCCUCUAGAUUUAUCCCCUCUUGCAACACCCAUCAUAAGAACUAAAAUUGAGGAGCCCUCUGUUGUAGAAACAACUCACCAGGAUAGUCCUUUACCUCAUCCAGAGUCUACUACCAGUGAUGAAAAGGAAGUACCAUUGGCACAAACUGCACAGCCCACAUCAGCUAUCGUUCGUCCAGCAUCAUUACAAGUUCCCAAUGUCCUGCUUACAAGUUCUGACUCAAGUGUAAUUAUUCAGCAGGCAGUACCCUCACCAACCUCAAGUACUGUAAUCACCCAAGCACCAUCCUCCAACAGGCCAAUUGUCCCUGUACCAGGCCCAUUUCCUCUUCUGUUACAUCUUCCUAAUGGACAAACCAUGCCUGUUGCUAUCCCUGCAUCAAUUACAAGUUCUAAUGUACAUGUUCCUGCUGCAGUUCCACUUGUUCGACCAGUCACCAUGGUGCCUAGUGUCCCAGGAAUCCCAGGUCCUUCCUCCCCUCAGCCAGUACAGUCAGAAGCAAAAAUGAGAUUAAAAGCUGCUUUGACACAGCAACAUCCUCCAGUUACUAAUGGAGAUACUGUCAAAGGUCAUGGUAGCGGAUUGGUUAGGACUCAAUCAGAGGAAUCUCGACCACAAUCGUUACAACAACCAGCCACAUCUACUACAGAGACUCCGGCUUCUCCAGCUCACACAACUCCACAGACCCAAAAUACAAGUGGUCGUCGAAGAAGAGCAGCUAAUGAAGAUCCUGAUGAAAAAAGGAGGAAGUUUCUAGAGAGAAACAGAGCAGCAGCUUCAAGAUGCCGACAAAAAAGGAAAGUCUGGGUUCAGUCUUUAGAGAAGAAAGCAGAAGACUUGAGUUCAUUAAAUGGUCAACUGCAGAGUGAAGUCACCCUGCUGAGAAAUGAAGUGGCACAGCUGAAACAGCUUCUUCUGGCUCAUAAAGAUUGCCCUGUAACUGCCAUGCAGAAGAAAUCUGGCUAUCAUACUGCUGAUAAAGAUGAUAGUUCAGAAGACAUUUCAGUGCCGAGUAGUCCACAUCCUGAAGCUAUACAGCAUAGUUCCGUCAGCACAUCCAAUGGAGUCAGUUCAGCCUCCAAGGCAGAAGCUGUAGCCACUUCAGUCCUCACCCAGAUGGCAGACCAGAGUACGGAGCCUGCACUUCCACAGGUUGUCAUGGCUCCUUCCUCCCAGUCACAGCCUUCAGGAAGUUGAUUAAAAACCCCCGCAGUGCAACCGUUUUACAUAUUCAUUAGUGACUUCAAAGGGAAAUCAAGGAAAGACCAGUUUCCAUUUAUGCAAAAUCUGUGGUUGUAAAUUUUUUUUUUUUUUUUUUUUUUUUACUUGAAAUUAAAUUUGGCUCUAAACUUGGUGCAGCAGCAGUUCAUGAUCAGACUGAACGACAGUUUUUACUGUCUGGAAAAAGACUGAUUUUGCUUUUUUUAUAAAUAUUGUUAGAUUUAUUAAUUUUUCUGUGCUCGUGUAUAAAUUGUAUUAUAAUCCAUUGUGGUUUAUUUCACUUUAAUUUGGGGAUGUUCUAAUAUGUGGCGGUGUUACUGAAUCUCCUUUUCCAAUUCCAUUUCUCUUGACCACCUCUUAACCCUCAACUGUGAUGGUAGUAUUGUUUUAUCAUUUAUACCAAAGUUCUGCAUAGUCCCUGUUGACUUUUUGAUGUUAACAAGGUCAUAAAGCACUAGGAAGAGAAAGAUAGAAAUUUUCUUUUAAUCUUUUUGCCUUUUAUUUUGCACAUUAUGCAAAAGGAAGAACGUGGGGAACACUUUUUAAAUGAGUGGUAACAUGGUAAAAGACAUACAGUGCUUUUAUGCACAUUUUUAAUCUUGAACUAAAUCAGUGUCAAUAAUAGUUUGUUUCCUUUUUUUUAAGAUUUUUAAGUAGACAUGAAUUUUGGAAUCCUUCAUCAUUUAAAAAAUAAGCUUUAUUUUUCAAGUCUUAAAUUCAGUAUUUACCCUACAUUUUGAGGCUUAAAAAUAUGUAAUGAUUAAAUUUACAAUACAGGGUUAUCAGAUAUCUAAUAAUUUUUUGGAAUUAACGUUUGAGGUUUUUUGUGGGGUUUUUUGGGGCAGAUUUCAGGUUACAAAUUGAGAAGUUUAUGCAUAAUCAAGUAUGGUAUGGGUGCCAGAAAAGCCUAAAAUUACUACUUAGAAAAUUUAUGACUGUUUCCCCCCACUGUCUUGUACUUGCGAGCUAACUUGUACUUAUUGUGAAAGCACUGUCAUCUUUUAGUAGCAAAUUUUGAUAAUGUUUCUGGUGGAAAAAAAAAUCAGUGUCUAUCUUUAGAACAAUGUAAUUAUAAUGUGGAAAGCAAGAAUGAGAGUGAGUGAAUGAGUAUGUCUGUGUGUGUGUGUGUGUGUGUGUGUGUGUGUGUGUGUGUGUGUGUUUCAGUAGUUUAUGCCAGCAACUUUGCUUGAGUGUUUAACGAUGCCUUCAGUGUGAUGCUGGCCAAUAGAUGAUUGCAGUUUAAAAUGUCAUUACUGUGCAGGCUUGGAUAACUAACAUUCCAUGAGGUAGUUUGUUUCUGAUGAGAUGAUUGUAGGUACACUUCUCUCAUUAUCCAAUCAUAUGUGGGAUACUGAGUUUUCUAAUGUGCCAUUAUCUAUUUUUAUUCUGCACUUACGUUCAGAAUACAGUACAAUAUUUUAAAAUAGACUAAAUUGUUAAAUAUAUAUAUAUAUAAAAAGUAGUUGAUGUGUGUAAGAAAACUUUGUAAAACAGUUAUGAGUCCUAGUCUCAGUAGCAACUUCUGGCAUUCAAGCAGGAUUCCAUUAUGUAAAUAUCUGUAAUGCAUUUAAAGUAGGUUGUGUAGUUUGCUCUGCACCCACACUACACUAUUUGCUAGUCUCAGUGCCAUCUCCUAAUGAGACUGACAUUUUAAAAGCCUUUAUGGACUAUCCUUGAUAAUUCAAGGAUAUAUCCCUCCUGCCUAAGUUUCAAACUGGGAAAUAUUCAAAUUAUACAAAUGACAUUUCAGGACUUUUAAGUAUGAAGAUAAUAGGAAUUUUAUUGUUUGACUUAUUAAAAACAGACUUUUUAGUUGAUACUUCUAAAAUUUAUUUUUAACUGAUUUUGUAAUUUUAAAGUAAUCAAUUUCUAAUCAUGAUUUUGCCACAGUUAUGCUAAAGAGUUGAUCUCAAAGGCACAAAAUAUGAAUUCUGCAAGAAAGCUAUUUUUAUUAUAGUUUUGAUGGGUUAGGAAAAGCCUCAUUGUUUCAACUUUCUAAGUUUUUCAGUGCAUUUUUCUUUCAUCUUAUUAUUUAUGCAAGUUCUUUGGUUAACAGAAUUCUUGCAACUGUAAAAUAAAACUACAUAGAUGUAAGAAGUCAUGUAAACGGUUAAUGAGCUUACCAAGGUUAGCGAAACUUUCAUUGUAAAACAAUCUGUGUCAGCAAAUAAAAAUCAUUAGUUGUAUAAACAAAUUCCAUUUUGACUUCCAGAAUGUUACACUACUUCUGUACCUAGCAUUUUGAGUCCUUAUAUUUGCAAUGUUACACAAACUGUACUAUUUUCUUUUAUGUGCAGUUUGCAUGAGUAAACCAUCAGAGAAUAAAUUCUAUCUUUAAA